AUGUUGAAGAGUGAAAAAAGGAAACAAUUAAAGCUUGAAAAUAAAUCCCAAAUAAAUUUGAUCGUAUUAAAAGGCAAGGCUACAAAUAAAGGAAGAAGGUGUCGAAGACAAAUUAAUUUUGAAGAAUUGUCUUCCGAAGAAGAUACAGAUGAAUCAAAAAUAUGUGAUGACAACGAAUUUGAUGACAGUAGUGAAUUAUUUUCUGAAAACACUGAAAUGUGUUUGGUUUGUGGAGUAAAUAAACGAUUGAAUUUUUUGUUGCAGUCGCCUCUGGGUCAGGGUAUGCGCGGUCCCGGCCUGGAUGCUCCUUGCUUUUCGACGGCGAUGUCGUCCACGUCGGGCAGAAUCAGCCGUAGUGGAAGCGAGCAGUUCAUGCCGCCGUCCAUGGAGGCGGCUGCACCAUCCUCGGUUUACCCGGCCGCAAAAAUGCACCAGGAUUCACCCCUACCGCCUCCACCUACCCCAACGCCCGGCGUGCAUGCUGCAUACAUGCAGCCGAAUCCUUUAACACAACUUCAACAACAAACGGAGAUGUGGCACAAUUACCAAGACGAUUUGAGGCCAAGAUCUUCCGGUAACCCUUUCAUGAUGCAAGACAUCCAAUCACCGUACCAUCAUCACCAACCGUCUCCUCCGCUUAGCAUACCCAGUCCGAUGAUGAUGGACAAACACCGACAAACGCCCGUACACCACAUACACAAUAUCAACCCCAUAUCGAUGCCCAUGACUCCUCCACACUCCAACUCUAUAAUGGCGAUGACCCCACCGCACUCCAACGAGAACGUACCUCCCGAUGAACCGGUGCAUCUCAAGGAGAAGAUGAUGCCCCAAGAUUUUCAACAUCUCGAUGUGAAACACACAGUAGAAGCUCCGCAGCCGUUGAUGGAGAAUAACGUCCAGCAUCAAAAUGAGUACGGAAAUUCCGUUUUUGGGGCUAGCGUCGGAGUUAAUCAACAACAGAGUCAUCAUCAGCAGUUUGAGAAGAUGGAAGAUACCAAAAUGAAACGGUCAAAUACGCCAUCAAUGGGUAUCGUUCGCCCUCCAUACUCCGUAGCACCAAAAAAACCGUCUUCGAAGCCUCUACCUGAUUUCAACGAGGCUUUCGGCUCUACGGAACGAGGCCGUUUCCAGAGUCCGCCUGAUCCUCGACUUGGGCCCAACAAAGGUUAUUUGGACCUCUUUUGCGAGGACGGACCUCAACUUAAAUUUGAAGAUUUUCAAAUGUAA